UAACGUGGACACAUGUGGACAGACCAGACAGAGUACGGAUUGUGUGUUUUUGUGGUUUCAGGACGCAACAAUUAGGAUGGUCUGGAGAAGUGUGACAGCCCUUAUUCCACUGACACUAUGUGGAUUAUUUACUCUGCCUGGAGAAUGCCACUCCAAGAGCAACAUUCUUGUGGUUCCUGUGGAUGGCAGCCACUGGGUGAACAUGGCGGUGAUUCUGAAAGAGCUUCACUCCCGAGGUCACAACCUGACAGUCAUACGCUCGCCGAAAAGCUGGUACAUCCCGGAGAAGUCCCCCUUCUACACCUCCAUCUCAGUGAAGUCUCUGGAGGACGAGUUUGACCUGAGCUACUAUGAUACAAUGCUACGGCGCCACCUAGAGUACCGGAAGUCCAGCCGUCUCCUGCGCACCAUCUACACUCAAGCAGACAUGGGUAGAAUGAUGAUUGAUGGGCACGACACUCUCGCUAGAUCCGUCAAGCUCAUGUUCGAGGAUCACGCCUUCAUGGCCAAGAUGAGGGACACUAAAUUUGACCUGAUGCUCACGGACCCUGGCCUGCCUAUGGGGGUCUUUCUCGGCCGACGCCUCAACCUUCCGAUGGUCUUCAACGUUCGCUGGAUAAACAUGGGAGACAGCCACUUCACCUUCGCCCCCUCCCCGCUCUCCUACGUCCCCGUCACCGGCUCCGAGCUGAGCGACAAAAUGGACUUCUUCGAGCGGACCCUGAACAUGUUGGUGCACAUCAGCCAGUCGUUGCAGUAUUAUCUCAUCAUGGAGCCGGCUUACCGUGAACUGUUUGACGCCUACUUCCCGCCAGGAACAGACCUGUUGUCCAUUGAGCUCGCGGCGGACUUGUGGCUGGUCAGGGCGGACUUUGUCUUCGAGUUCCCCCGGCCGACGAUGCCCAACGUGGUCUAUAUCGGUGGGUUCCAGUGUCGCCCAGCGAAGCCUUUGCCUGAGGACUUGGAGGCCUUCAUGCAGAGCUCGGGAGAGCACGGGGUCGUGAUCAUGUCUCUGGGAACCCUAAUUGCAGCGCUCCCCAAAGAAGUGACGGAGACGAUCGCAGCAGUUUUUGCCCAGCUCCCCCAAAAGUUUGUGUGGAGGUACAUUGGCGAGCGACCGUCGACUCUGGGCAACAACACCCUGCUGGUGGACUGGUUCCCGCAGAACGACCUCCUAGGGCACCCCAAGACGCGGGCGUUCGUGGCGCACGGCGGCACAAACGGAAUGUACGAGGCCAUCUACCACGGCGUCCCCAUUGUGGGGCUGCCGCUGCUCUUUGACCAGUUCGACAACGUCCUUCGGCUCCAGGUGCGAGGGGCGGCACGAGUCUUAGAGGUCACGUCGCUGACCCUUGCCGAAUUCAAGGAGGCGUUGCAGGGCGUUCUGGAGAACCCUUCCUACCGGGAGACAAUGCAGAGGCUGUCGCGCCUGCACAGGGAUCGCCCGAUAGAGCCACUCGAUAGCGCCACCUACUGGAUCGAAUAUGUCUUGCGGAACAAGGGAGCAGGGCAUUUACGCUCAGAGGGCCACCACCUUCCCUGGUACAUCUACCACAGUGUGGAUGUCAUUCUGCUGCUUCUGGCUUUAUUCUGCUUCAGUGUUUGGGUGUUCAUCACUGUCUGCAGGUUUAUGUUGCGCUUGGUUUGCAGACGGAAGACCAAGGUUGAGUGACAAACGAAAGGCACUGCGGAAUGUUUUUGAAUUUUCUGAAUUACAUAUUCAAAAUGUAAUGUUUAAGAAUGCAAACGGAAUUAAUUCUACAUUCAAAAUGUAAUGUGCAUAAAAUCUCACCGUUAUGAGUUUAGUCUGUGGUUUACUACUGAAUAAUAUUAAAACUGUGCAAAAUGAUGCAAUUAUUUGUUUUUCUGGAUGUUGUUUCCCCCCUGAACUAUUCUUAAGCACAAUUUGUGUG